GCUGAAGGGCGUCGGGGAGUGACACCGGCACGGGCUCCUUUGGUCUUUGUUGACUUCGGUAGCGUACUGGUCCUCCGGUAGGCAUGCGCGCGCUGCGGGCCGGCCUGACCCUAGCGCUGGGCGCGGGGCUGGGCGCCGCGGCAGAGCAUUGGCGGCGGCGGGAGGGCAAAGCGCCGGGGCUGCUGGGCCGAGUGCCAUUGUUGCCGGUGGUCGCGGCCGAUCUUCCCGCGCUGCCGGGGGGACCGGCCGGCGGCACCGGGGAAUUGGCCAAGUACGGGCUGCCCGGCGUGGCGCAGCUCCGGAGCCGCGAGUCCUACGUGCUUAGCUACGAUCCGCGCACGCGCGGUGCGCUCUGGGUGUUGGAGCAACUGAGGCCAGAGCGGCUCCGUGGCGACGGGGACCGUCGCGCCUGCGACUUCCGCGAGGACGACUCCGUGCACGCGUACCACCGCGCCACCAAUGCGGACUACCGCGGUAGUGGCUUUGACCGCGGCCACUUGGCCGCCGCCGCCAACCACCGCUGGAGUCAGCGGGCCAUGGACGACACCUUCUACCUGAGCAACGUAGCGCCUCAGGUGCCACACCUCAACCAGAAUGCCUGGAACAACCUUGAGAAAUACAGCCGCAGCUUGACGCGAACUUACCAAAAUGUCUAUGUCUGCACAGGGCCUCUUUUCCUGCCCAGGACCGAGGCUGAUGGGAAGUCCUAUGUGAAGUACCAGGUUAUUGGGAAGAACCACGUGGCAGUGCCCACACACUUCUUCAAGGUGCUGAUCCUGGAGGCAGCCGGUGGGCAGAUCGAGCUACGUUCCUACGUGAUGCCCAAUGCGCCUGUGGAUGAGAACAUCCCUCUGGAGCGGUUCCUGGUGCCCAUCGAGAGCAUUGAGCGGGCCUCGGGAUUGCUCUUUGUGCCCAAUAUUCUGGCUCGAGCCGGAAACCUCAAGGCCAUCACUGCUGGCAGCAAGUGACAGUGGAGGACUCACUGGGGACCUAGGGCUGGCUCACAUUAAAGGCAGUUAUUUUUGGAGA